GGAAGCUUCAUUCUGAAUCAGGGGAGCUUAUAACACACCCCCAGCUCAUGUUAGGGAGGAAUACGCCAAGAGCAUCGAGUGCUGGAGAUAGUCUGUGAGAUACUGGUGGGUUAACAGCCCCCCUCCUCCCACCCACCCCAAUUUCUAAGGGACUUGCAUUACAGAGAGAGUGAGUCUGUUGGGGAUUCCUCUACUUGAUGGCUUUGGAGUAGGCAUGCACAUGGCAGUGAUUCUGCUAGUUCCUACCAUUGAGUAAUUUCAGUCAGGAGAAGAUGUGGACUGGUAUGAGAAGAGGGCUGACUGUCAGUGGUGGUCAAAGCAGGAGCAGAUCCAGCGGUGUGAUGAUGCUUAGCAAGCAGUGACAAGCUCCAGAGAUCUGCAGUGCAGCUGACAAAGAAUCAUGGCAGGACAUCAUUUGUCACGUAUUUUAUAUUUCAACAUUGGACUAUUCUGGGUGCUUGCUGAUGAUGAGAAUCCAACUAUACCACCUUACACAACUUCACCAACAUCUACAAAUUCCACUGAGAUCCAAGGCUCACUUGUAGCCUCCGUGCUGGUUCCUCUUUUUGUGUGCUUUGUCCUCAUCAUCUUGGCUGGAUACCUUUUAAGGGCCAGAAAACAUCGGAAGGCAGAUAUUAACUGCAGCGAUAAGAAGAUGCCAAAUAAAAUGUUAGAAGAGCAAGAACAGCAAAUGCUGCUCAGCAGUUCCCCCACUGUUUUCAAGAAGUAUUUUCCGAUUCCAGUGGAGAAUUUAGAAGACGAGGUUCGGAUUAGAUCAGCUGAUGAUGGAAAGCUAUUUCGAGAAGAGUACAAUUCAUUACAGCCCGGUAAUAUACAAGGAUCACUAGAAGCAGCAAAUAGAGACGAAAACAAAGAAAAGAACAGAUACCCCAAUAUACUCGCUUAUGAUCACUCCAGAGUCAUUCUUACACCAAUUGAUGGCACGCCUUGUUCAGAUUACAUUAAUGCUUCCUAUAUAGACGGCUAUAAAGAAAAGAAAAAAUUCAUCGCUGCUCAAGGCCCAAAACCUGAAACGGUUAAUGAUUUCUGGAGAAUGGUUUGGGAGCAGAAAUCCGCAAUGAUUGUUAUGCUAACCAACUUAAAAGAAAGAAAAGAGGAAAAAUGUUACCAAUACUGGCCUGAUCAGGGCUGCUGGCUUUAUGGAAAUAUCAGAGUCUCAGUUGAGGAUGUGAUAGUUCUUGUGGAUUACACAAUUCGCAAAUUUUCCAUACAACCGGUUCAUGAUGGUUGCAAAACUCCAAGGUUUAUUACCCAGCUGCAUUUUACCAGUUGGCCUGAUUUUGGCGUGCCUUUCACACCUAUUGGCAUGCUGAAGUUCUUAAAGAAAGUGAAAUUCUGUAAUCCAGCGCAUGCUGGGCCUAUCAUUGUUCACUGUAGUGCUGGCGUUGGGCGAACGGGCACAUUUAUAGUGAUCGAUGCCAUUAUUGACAUGAUGAAUGAAGAAAAGAAAGUUGGUGUCUUUGAUUUUGUUGGGAAAAUUCGGAAUCAACGUCCUCAAAUGGUUCAAACCGAUAUGCAGUAUUCCUUCAUUUAUCAAGCCUUACUAGAAUACUACCUCUAUGGUGAUACAGAACUUGACGUGGCCUCGUUAGAAAAACAUCUUCAAACGCUCUAUAGCCCUGCACCACAUUUUGAUAAAAUCGGGCUUGAGCAAGAAUUUAAAAAACUUACAAGUGUUCGGAUAAUGAAGGAGAACAUGAGAACUGGGAAUUUACCAGCCAACAUGAAGAAAGCCAGGGUGAUUCAGAUUAUCCCGUAUGACUUCAACAGGGUGAUUCUUUCAAUGAAGAGAGGUGAAGAAUACACGGAUUAUAUCAAUGCUUCAUUUAUUGAUGGCUAUCGACAGAAAGACUAUUUUAUUGCAACCCAGGGCCCGUUGCCUCAUACAGUAGAAGAUUUCUGGAGAAUGGUGUGGGAGUGGAAGUCUCACACAAUAGUUAUUCUUACAGAACUGCAAGAAAGAGAACAGGACAAAUGUUAUCAGUACUGGCCAUCAGAGGGUUCGGUGACGUAUGGAGAAAUAAGCAUAAGCAUGAAAAGUGAAAGUUUAUUAGACGCAAUAAGUGUAAGAGACUUCGUAGUUAAGAGUUGCCAGGAGAAACAUACACGAUUAGUUCGACAGUUUCAUUUCCAUGGCUGGCCCGAAAUCGGAAUUCCUGUGGAAGGAAAAGGAAUGAUUGAUCUGAUUGCAGCUGUCCAAAAACAACAACAACAAACAGGAAACCAUCCGAUUGUUGUACAUUGCAGUGCUGGUGCUGGGAGGACAGGAACGUUCAUUGCUCUCAGCAAUAUCCUGGAGCGAGUGAAAGCUGAAGGACUUCUAGAUGUUUUUCAAACUGUGAAAAGUUUACGCAUGCAAAGGCCCCACAUGGUGCAAACACUGGAACAGUAUGAAUUCUGCUAUAAAGUGGUACAAGAUUUCAUUGACAUAUUUUCAGAUUAUGCAAAUUUCAAGUAAAGGGUUUAGAUGAAGUUUGGUUUUUAUGUGUAACCCUGUAAUAUUCUGAAUACAUUUUAAAGUUAUUUUGUCUUGGUUUUGAAAAUAUGCUUUUUUUUGUAUGCUCUUCUGCUACCAAAUCACAAUGUGCUUUUGUGUUUUCUUAAAUUUCUUAAUCUCCACGGCAUUGUGUUGUAUAAAGUUCGAAAAAUGCCAAACUUGAUGGGAAGCAGAUUUAUGUAUAGUAAUGUAUAUAUUUAUUUAUUUACAAAAUAAGAUGUAUAUUGCCAUGCCAUACAUUUUCAAAGACUAUACAGAUUUCUAUUUGUUUUGCUUUUUAUGUGACAAAUAAUUGAAAAAUUAAAUACCGAAGGUAUGUA